AUGCAAGGAUCUAUCACAUUGGCAAAGUAUCUUGAUGAUGAACAGCGGAACAGGUUGGCUGUGAAUAUAUCCCAGAAUUUGGAGUCAAAAGAAGCCAUCAAUGCGCUCCAUGAGGUUAUCGGAUUAAUCAAUGAAGAUGCUUUGAUACAAAUUUCUCCCAAAAUUGUUCAAGUUGCUAAAGAGGCUAUUUUGGCACCUGAAUCAAACGGUGAAGAUUCAGCCAUAUUUAAAGUAUUGAAAGCGUUGCCAACUGUCUCCGAAUUGAUUCUUGAAUGGACACUCCAGCUAAUCCAGUCUAUAGUCAAUGAUAGACUGAACUAUUUAUUUGACACCAAAUCUAUUGAUCUUUAUAAACAAAACUUUACGGACCCUGUCAAAGAGAUAAUGAAUAAUGAACAAGAGCAGUCACUAGAAUCUAUUUUAACAAAAGUUGAGCAACUAUAUUCAUUAGAAGUUAGUGGUAUCUUAUCACAUCUUGAUAAAUUGAUCGUUUUACUUUUAGGUAGUGAAGAUUCACGUAUUUCAAUAAUUUGUUCAAAAAUACUCAGAUGGAGAUCAGAAUCGCUAAGCAAUAUUGAAGGCUUCUUAUGGGAUGUGCUUCCAUUGUUGGUAAAUUCUGAUAAGGUUCAAACUACGAAUGGUUAUAUCCUUUGGUUAAGGUAUCUGUUGAACAUCUCAAAUAAAAAGUUUAAAUCUGAUGUGUUCCAAAGCAAAUUAAUUUCAAAUGAUUACUGGCUAUAUAUUCAAAAAGGACUAGGUAGCUCUGUGCAUGAUCAUAGAAAAUAUUCCCUGUCAAUAUUGAAAUUAUCAAUUCAACAAAUAGAUACCGAAAUUGAUAAUGAUUUUGUCAAGUAUAAUCAACAAAACUCCGGUGCUAUUUUAGAUGAAUGGAAAAGAUAUAGUACCAUUUUUGAAAUAAUAGGUAUCGAUACUGCCUUGAACCAAGCUGAAGCUGCUAAAAAUGAUAUCAUUCAACUUCUAACGCCAGAUUCAUAUGUCAAACCAAGUUGGGGUAUGGUGCUAUUAUCAACUGCUUUCAAAGGUUCAAUGGAAUCUGUUAGAAAAUUUGCUUUGAAUAUCAUGUACUCCACUCCUGCUGAUCAAUUGUCUAUUUAUUCUCAUGAGUAUUUGACUUCUGUGUUUUUGAAGUACGCUGCUGAAGCUCCUCAUUUUCAAGUUAAUAAGGUUGAUCAAUCCCUAACUUGUGAAUAUGGUAUCAAAUUAAGAGAUUUUAUCGAGAAUCUGUUGAAGAGUCUAAAAACAUCAGAAACUAAAUUUGAAGAAACUGUUACAUUGUUACUUGAUCUAUUAUUGGACCUUAGAUCAACUUUUGCACCUGCAAGGUUCUAUAUCUCAUAUGGUUUACUAAGAGGCCUUAAAGGUAAAAAUAUUUUUACUCAAAAACAUGUUUUUAAAAUUAUUCGAUUAUUUGAAUCGACUUCAGAGGAUGAGGUUUUUGAAACCUCAAUUCAAACUAUUCAUUUGAAAUUAUUGAACCACAUUAAACCUGAUAUUCCAUUACUAUUGAACUCGUUGACUAAAUUUGUGCAAUAUAACGGUUAUGAACUUUUCGCUGAGUAUUCAGAUUUAUUCAUUGAUUAUGUUUCUACUUUCAACGAUGGGUCACUUAACAUUGAUCCUACAGAUCAAGAGCUUGAAUAUCAAAUUAUUUGCUUCCACUUGUUGGAUAUUUAUACCAUAACAGAUGAGUUCUUAAUUGAACUGGUUUUCUCCAAAGUUGAACAUUUACAUGAUUUUAGUAUCAGAUAUAGCUUGUUAUUAACAGGAUUGAUCAAAAAUACAAAACAGACUUAUAAUAAUUCUACAGCUUUGAUAGAUAUGAAAAUUUUCAGAAAUAGUUGGAAAAAUUUAGAUUUAUCGGCUCUAUAUGCUAGCUUAAAGGAUCAUUUUGACGUUGAGAAAUUCAAAUUUUUUGUUGGUGUAUAUGUUAAGGGUUCAAAUAUUUCAGAUUUAACAGUUGUUGAUUUCAAUUCCUUAAUUGAGUGGUAUGAAAAAUUGAACAACUCUAGACAAGAUUACAAAACCAAAGAUGUUAUAUUAGGAAACUAUUUUGAUUUAUUAUUAGCGUAUUUAAAAAUGACACCAUUAUCAGAGUCUCAAGUUGAGCAAGUAUUGACAUUAUUAAAUCAACAAGCAACAAGCUCAGCAUACCAAACUACAAUUUCAACUUGUAACAUCUUACAAUAUUUAUUCAAAAAUUAUGAUUUUGAUCUAAUCACAGGUAUUGAGAUCUUGGAAACUAUCUGGGAUCAAAUGACAGCUGAAAGAUUAGUUUUGAACCAAAAACAAAUGCAUUUAAAAUUUAUUGAAACAUUAUUUGAUGAGAAGCUUUUACAAGAUUCAAUUAACAAUGAAUAUAAUGCUAAAAUAUUACACCGUAUUGGAUUGGAAGUUGUUGAUCAAGCGUUCACAAGAAGAUCGUUUUUACCAACCUUAACCUCAAAGCUUGUAAAUUUCCAGAAGGGAUAUGCUGUGGAAUUUAAUCAAUGUGCGUGGUUAAUUGAAUUGAUUUUGAAGAGCUUCACGCUAGUCCAAGAUGAAAGUAAUUUGUUCAAAUUGAAAAUUGUUCUCGCUAAGAUUUAUGAUAAUGAGUUAAAACUUCAUGGUGAUCUUUAUAAAGACGUUUUUGGUGAUGAAGAAGUCAGUACAAGAAUUAAUAUAAUCAAAUUGUUGUUAAAGAGUUCACCAUCAUUUCUUGAUGACUUUUUCACUGAAGUUUUAGAGAACAAGAAAUACGGUCUUUUAGUUCCUAAUAAGAAGGAAAACGGUACCGAAGAACGUCAAAGAGUCUUGGUAUUUUCAUUAUUACUUCUGAUUUCACAGAAAAUUGAUAAAUCAACGCUAUCAAGCAAUGUCGCCGAACAUUUACUCCCAGCUCUUGUCACAGAAUCAAGUCCUUUAGUUCGUACGUACAUUGAAUGGAUUGUCAGUUUAGAUAUGAUUAAGAAUGGUUCAAACAAGUCCCAAUUAUUUGAUUAUUUUAAAGAUCAAUCAAAGCCUGCUUUAGUCACAUCAGCUGAACGUAUUGCGUUUAUGACAGCUCAAAGAUUAUCACCUCCAGAGAGUGCUUCAUACUUUGAUGAGUUCACCCAAUAUUUGAUUCCAAAUUGUACUUCAAAUAAACCGUUGAUUAGACAUUUUUCAAACUCACUUAUAUUAUCUCUAUUUCCAGCAUUACAGAAUAGAGAGAUUAAACUACCCGUUCAUGAUGUCCUAGAAGCUUUAUACGCUGAAGCUAAAAAAUCAGAAGUAACUGGACAAUAUAGAAGCGGUGAUGCAUUGAUUUGGGAUGCUCAAGAAGAUUUCAACUUAGUUUCAAUUUUUGGUGGUGUAUUAUCAAAAACUUCACCAAGAAAAGUCGACACAAUUUCUCAGUUGGAAUUUACCAAAUAUCUUGGGUUUGAUACGUAUGGUGUACCAAUUGGUGAAGAUUCUGGUUCAGUAUGGAAAGAAUCACAAGAAGAGUUGACUGAAACUAAAAUUAACUCAAGUUCUCCUUUACAAACAAAGAGUGGUGUUUGGGAAUCAGUUACAGAUAUUGAUCAAACAUCUAAAAAAGUUAAAAGAAGUGAAUUGAUCGUUAUAAGUUCUCUUGUUGAUAAACCUCCAAAUUUGGGUGGUAUUUGUCGUUUAUGUGAUGUUCUUGGUGCUGGUUUAAUGACUGUUGAUGAUCUAAGAGUUAAAAAGCAUCCUCAAUUCAAAAAUGUUGCUGUCACAGCAGAUUACCAUAUGCCCAUCACUGAAGUUAAAAUUGAGGAUAUCCCACAGUUUAUGAAAGAAAAGAAGAGAGAAGGAUAUACUUUGAUUGGGCUUGAACAAACUGAUCAAAGUCAAGUUCUAGGUAAAGAUACUGAAUUUCCAGCAAAGUCAGUUAUCCUUUUAGGAAAAGAAGCUGAAGGUAUUCCUGGUGAACUUCUUGCAGAACUCGAUUAUUGUAUUGAAAUUAGACAAGUCGGUGUUAUCCGCUCCAUGAAUAUCCAAACUGCCACUGCUGUUAUCGUACACGCCUACUCAUCCUCACAGUUUGCUAAGUCACAAUAG